CCCUUUAAAAAUUUUAACGUCAGAGGAAGACGAGCCUCUGAGAAAGAAACCUUCUGUACAAAUGGGGUUUUUAAUUACAAAAGUUGCGUGACCUUGCAGCCAAACGAGGGCUGUCAAGUGCACAGAAUUCCACGCAGUCAAAAAAAGCGACAAAAACUACACAUGUGCAAAUACACCAGGAACUUACUUAUGAUCAAAUUUCAAUGGCCACAAACUGUGAACCAAAUGCAAUAGAAAAAACUAGUGCAAGUAAUAAAAAUAAUUCAUCGCAGUCUAAAUUCGGAACUAGUUCUGCAAAGCAAAGUUCACAUGCGAGUUCCAGUAGUCAAUUGGAUGAUUUUAUAAUCACUGAUCCAUUCUCUACUAUAACAGAGGAACCUAUUUUAGUAGCCAAAGAUCUGGCAAAUGAAAUUGCUUCAAUAAUAGAGAAGAAAAGUAAAGCAAAUCUCGAAACUAUUGAAGAACGUUUAGGAUUUCUUGAAAACGAAUGCAAGCUGCUUCAUGAAAAGCAGGACCAAAUUUUAGCUCAAAAUGAAAGAAUAAUGAAUCAAAAUGCUCAAAUUCUUGAGCUUUUGCAAAAAGGUGUUUCUACGAAUACCCAAUUGCAAACUACAUUAUUCCAGCUACUUCAAGGAUUACCUUUGAGUAAUUUGGAAGAUUAUCACAAAUUUAUUUCUGAAGAGAAUAAUGAUAGACUUGAAAGUGUGCAUAAUCAUUUGGUUCAAAUUGGUGAAACAAAACUCAGAGAAUUUUUAAACUAUUCAUUAAAACAACUUACAAAGGAUGAAUUAGUUUCACAAUUCUCAUGGCCUGGCAGCUCCAAUAGUGAAAAAUUUGGAGACACAAAGAUUUCCAAUCUUUUAUAUGAAUCAUCGAAAAAUUGUAAAUCUUUCGUAACUAAGCAGCGAUAUAGAAAUAAUUUAAAAAAAGUAAAUUCUAAUAUCGCAGAAAAUAUUCCAAUUAACAUGGAAGAAGAAAAUCCAGAUGAUGAGGAAUUAUUGAGGCGAAUUGAAGAACUCGAAAAUUCUGAAAUAAUAAAUUUAGAUGAAAGAGAGGAUUUUUCUGAGGAUGAAGCUCUCUAA